CAUUUUUUCAGCAUCUAACUGUAUCCUAAAACUUCUAAAGAUCAGAGGUUCUUUGUAAUCUAGCGUUAUAUUCGAAAACACAUUCAAGGUUAUUGUUUCGAACAAGGAAGUAAAAGGUGCGUUGUCUAUGGUAAAAAUGAUUUUUCAUUAAAAAUUAUGAGCAAUUAGUGUCAAGCAACACUUAAAUAAACGUCAAAAAAAUCCAAAAAAAAGCCGAAAGGCAACUGUUGUAGUUUUUAAUUUAGUUUAUAAACUUAUUUGUGUUUUAUUAUUGUUGAUAGUAUCUUUAAAAGUGUACCAACUAUUAUUUUAUCUAGUCUUAAACAUACCUAUUUUAGUUUGCGGGCAAACUGAGUCCAUGACGUUCGCUAAUGUGCCAUAAAAAUCUUGAUGGAUGACUCUUUGUUGUUGAAAUAGUGAUUUUUGGUGCUUUAAAUAAGAGUUGUUCAGCGAAAUCGUUUGAAAAACAUUCGCGUAAUAAUCAUUACACGUCUCGAAUGUGAUAUAUAUUGAAAUAUCCUUUCUUUUAAGAAAUCCCGCCAUAAUACUGCAAGUGAUUUUUUGAUUGUUUCGUAACAUAAUUUAAGCUAUAACGUUUUUAAAAAUGGAACAAUUGCUCAACUUAAGCGGGAAAAAUACCAGCGCUGAUGUAAUACGCCAUCCGUAGAGUCUAAAAAGAUUCUAAUAAGAAGAAAAUAUGUCAACCUUGCAAGACAGUCAGUCCUUCUGGAAUAUUUCUAGUGAUAAUACAGAUUUGAAAUAUGAAAAAUGUCGUAAUAUAACCGAGGAAAUAUAUAAAAGGAUUGACAUAACAUUUAAAAUAAAGAAAUUGGAGACAGGAACACAAAGUGAAUCUGACUACAGUGAUCAAAUAGAUAGUAAUGAACUCAGCAACGAAACAGACCUGUUCGCUUGCGACAAAAGUUCAAUAUCGAGCAGUACGGAGUUAGAAGCCCUGGAGCAUGGCAGUGCGAUGUGCGAGAAGUUCAUCAAUAAUAAUAACAACGAAGAAACGAAGAAGAAACCGACCACAGUUUAUAAGAGGCCUCGGAAAAGGUUUCGCAAGCGUGUUAAGAAGCAGCAACGUUCGAAGCGCGACUCGGACGGGUCGAGUGACGAAGCCCCGCUGAGCCGGGUGGUCGACUUGGACUUCAGCCGCGAGAGCCGCGUGACGCCGUCACCGUCACACGCCGUGAUGGGCGUGCCGAAUGUGGUCAUCACACCGAUUGAUUUAAAGAAAUUCAAGCUGCCAUUACCGGAGAAGAAAUCGACGAAGAAAAAUGAUUCGAAAUGCCCUACAGAAGAAUCCAAAGACAAAACUACACCGUCCGCCAUAGACAAGCCGAUUGAUGAUACGAAAGAUGUCAUCGACAAGACGGUUACUGAGAAACGGAAAUCAACGGAAUGGAAUUGCUCAAUAUGCAGCUUGUCUUUUCGUGGCGAGAGAGGGCUGAGGCGUCACAUGACAAUGUCCCACAUCAUAAACCCGCACGAAGCAAAGAAGUCCAACGAGAAAGAGGAAUGAACGCGUACAGGUGAAUUGAAA